CAACGUUGACUUUGACGUUGAUAAUAAUAUCCAUAUCGACGCCGAGCGGAGGGCGGCAACCCCAAGGAAAACCGGCUUUUCAGAUCUGGAAAAAGUUGGGCUUUCGCCGGUUACUGGAACGGUUUCGCACGGCGCGAGACCCAAUUUUUUUCUGGAAACCUCGUAUCCCCCGUUGAAAAAGCAGAUUCUUGCGAAUCCACCGAUCAGAUGCUGAUGAACCUUCGACGGGAUAACGUAGUGUUGUUACGCACCCGAGACAAAGACAGGAGGCAGGAAAACGUUCUUUCUCACGAAUUCUGUAUUAGGUUGCCGUUAGGACUUACGGUUGACUUUUCAGGCUUCUCAUGCGAUCACAUUGAAUGAAGUGAAAGUGCACCUUUAAGUUGAACUAUCCCUCCUGUUAUCGUGGCUGUAUACGUGGAGUUGGUAGUACAAAAUCGCAGCUAAAGCACUCGAGCUCGACAGGAAAGCCGGCAGAUCCAGCCGUAAAUUCAUAAAAAGUAGUGUUUGCAAUGUUUCGCCGUGUAGAAACGUUCUGCGGCCUGCGUGUUUCUUUGGUGGCGUCAGUUUUAUUUUUUGCGGUAGCCAUCGUGCUCGUACAGCAGGCCGCGGGUCACGCGCGACUUGUUGAGCCCCCGUCGCGAAACACACUUUGGAGGUUUGGUUACCAUGCUGCACCUAACUUUGAAGAUUCGGAACUGUUCUGCGGUGGAAUUAAGGUGCAGUGGGCCGAUAACGGUGGUCGCUGUGGAGUGUGUGGAGACAGUUAUUCAAAACCUGCACCACGCCUGCACGAAUCAGGCUCUCCCAUCGAUCCAAAGAUCACAGUGAGGACAUACGCACCUGGCGAGGAUGUCGUCUUCGUUGUGGAUGUUGUCGCCAACCAUCUCGGCUAUUUCGAGUUUGCUCUUUGUCCGCGAAAUGAUAGUGGCGUCCGCGAGACCGAAGACUGCUUUCAGCCGCUACGGGUAAAAUCGCUCAACUCAACCGAAGUCCUCGUCGAGGAAGGUAAAAUGCGCUACAGGCUCAACAACGACCGAAAAGGCCUGUUCAAUCUUGUGGCCACGUUGCCUAAGGAUAUUAGCUGUUCGAAAUGCAUCCUUCGCUGGCACUGGAGAUCCGCUAACAAUUGGGGCACUUGUGACAACGGCACUCAAGCUACGGGCUGUGGCCCACAGGAGACGUACAGGAAUUGCGCUGACGUUUCGAUUGGUCCGGUACUGAUGGGGAUUCGGGGCGGCCAAGGAGCUAAUGUCCGUCCGCCUCCACAGCAAACCCCGCCUUCAAGGGAGUUCGAACAGAAACGAGCCAAUCAAUACCACGCCAGCUCCAAAAGCAGAUAUGCUCCUAAAAUGGAACCUAACAUAACUGCCGUGACCGGGAACCAAGCUCGCAUCGGAAAACCUACGACAGGUUGCCUUCAAACGAGAAAGUGAACACUGGUCCGAUCUGAGGUACAGGCGAACGCUCUGGAGAGCCCGUUUACUAAGACUACACCAUUCAUUAGUACAGUUGACGAUACUAUUCAAAAUUCAGAUCAAGAUAAUCUUUUGCCAGGUACUUUCUUCCUAAAACGGUGGCCUUUCUGCAGAAGGACGAUUAUGUUCUCUCUCUCGCGUCCCAGAAAAGGCCGUACGCCACCGGAUGGAAUCGUGUUCGGAAUUCAGACUGAUGCAGUUAUCGCUGCCCUUUAAGCCACGCUAUACGACAUCUUGUAGAUAAAAUGUUCCGCUAAACAGCAAAUAUCAAAUGUUGAUAAAAGUUACCGCAGAUUUUAGAAGAGGGACGUUUGCAGCUCUAUGAUCAUAGGGCCGAAUUAUACCGCGUGUCGACACGUGUAUCCCAUAUGCUAUACAUAAGAUUAGAUGAAAAGCCAUCGUGGCCCUUUUCUUCGCAACCAGAAAAUGGACUUACCUAAUUCGAAAAGCAGAGACAGAUGUGAUCGGUUGUAGCUUGUAACGCCAUGUGCGAGAUAAAUUAUGGCUCGCUCUUCGAUUGAACAGAUGAACCACUUACGCUUAACAACAAAGCAAAAUACAUGAUUAUAGAAAACAACUAACGUGUUAGCAAGAUAAUUACCUUAUAUAUAUAUAUAUAUAUAUGCUGACGAGAAGUGUAUUAUGAAUCGGUAGCGGUAAGCCUACGAGCCAUAUAAGAGAUAAUAAAAUUUGUGCUAUCUGUUUUGCUUUCAAUAGCAAAAAGGAAGAUUUGAAUUGUCCAAAGUAUCUGCGGCCGGUUUGGCUGUUCUCUAUAUUGAAGUGAGCAAAUGUAUAACGAUGAACUAAGUUGCCUGUUGUUCCAUAUAUAAACGAACCCUCUUACGUAAUAUGGCAAGAAUUAAACACGUUAAGCUCUCGUCACCGAAAGAUAUUUGAUGAUUUUUCACACGAUUUCUUAACAUCGUAGCAUUUCUACAGGUAGCUAUUCAAAAUAAUCUGCUAUAAAAAUGAGCACCCUAUUGCCAGAUCCCGUAAGCGGCUGUGCAAACGUCUAUUACGUUUCUAGAAACUAAUUAUGACUAACGAGUAUUCUUUUCUAAUGAGUAGGAACGCUAAACGCAUGAUUCUCAAAACUGCUAUCGUCUACAAUAGGUAAUACGACAACAGACGUUACGUGUUCCUUGCACGGCUGUUCUGGGCUCUAUUGCUUCAACGAUUCAGGGAAGGACUGAAAAAAAACUAGCAGAAAAAGACGAUAUUCAUCUUGAAGUCAGUCUAUUGAACUUCUUAAAGUUAAGUAUGCCGAAAAAUUUUUGCGGCCUGUUGGGUAUACGUAAGGUCUGUAGUGUAGGAUGAAAAUGUGCUAAACUCGUUAGGCCACGUUUCGGUACAGCUAAAAUAAAAUUCAAAGACGAAAAUAUGUAAAUAAGACGAAGCAACGUAUAUUGCGGCAGCGGUUGAAGGUCUGGCUGAAGCUUUCGAAAAAACAAGCCCUCAACUUCAGUGGGGGCAUCAGCAAAGUUUCAUUUUCCUUUUAUCAUCAUUUUGUUCCCUAUUGAUCGGCUACUGUCGCCAAGCAAUAUAUUACAUCGCAAAUAGGUUUACCUCAGCCCACUGGCUAGCGUACAGAUACAUGCAGUAUUUGGAUGCUCGAUACGGUUUUUGUACCCAAAUAUUGCCAGUAACGCAUUGUUUCCGUACUUGAGAUGCCUUUUUCUGCGAAAAAGCAGAAGUCCGCGCCGUACACCGCGCGCAUCAAAAGAUGAAGAACGGCGGUCGAAUCGUCUCACCGCUUAUUUCUCGCAACCUUUAUUAUUAGGUUAUUUAACCUAACUGAAGGUUGUUCUGACAGCAAUAUACGAGAUAUUCUUCAUUUGGAAAGAUCUUAUAGCGAAAAGCGUCGAACAAUUAAAUGAUGCCAAAACCUUCUUUCUCACUGGGACAACGCCGGCAGUCGCCUAGUGCAUCUAUUGGCCAACUUGUUACUGCGGUUUGAUAACUUCCUUUGUCGUUGUAAAGUUCCAGCAAUGAAAGUUUCUGAAAUCAGCUAUACGAACCGGGACCAAAAAUUCGCGGAGAUCGCGGAUCUCUUUGCUUCGGGUGCGAUGAAAAGGAAGAAAUUAGCUAGAUAGGUAUGUCUUCACUCGACUUGUCGUACAUGGGCUUCGUGAUAGACUUUGCAGGAAACCGGAUUUUCACGAACUUGGUAGUACGCAUAGGUGCUCCAGAUGCGAGGGAAACACAGAUACUAGUCUGCUCGUUGACCUCUGGUUUCAUCUUUAGGAUACUCAGCAAGUCUCUUAAAUUAGUUUUAUAAGCUCAACAAGACCCAACGCAAAUUGUUCUGAUGGUUUUAUAUACUCAUUCAAUAUUGUAUUGUUGAUCUGUAUAUAUAAAGUAUUUUGUUAUUUCAAGCAAAUGUGAAUCAAUAAAUUAAUAAAUGACAAUGUAAAUAUUGGUUAUACAUAAAUCUGACUGAACUAGGGACAAAUUUACGUGGGCCACUACGCGUAUAGUGAGCACGUUUCGAGUACAAGAGCGCGUAUUGCAGAAAAUAAGAUCAUCACAAAGGGUUCCUUGUGGAUGUUAGCAGAAUAAAUCAAAGGUUAUUUAAAUUUGCAAUCGUAUUAUGGGGAAGCUGCCUCUUGAUGAAAUGGAUGGUUUGUUGAUAAAACCCUGUAUAAAAUUAUCGUCUGACACUUGUCCGACGACGGACCCAUAACCCAAGACAAUGUUAUAAUUAUGUUAUUCCAUUUUCGUUCUCAACUGAACAGUAGCCAUUGAAAAAUGUAUAGUUAUUCCUAAUAUUCCGUCUGUCUCACUUCUGCGUUUAGUCUUUAUAAUAACUGUUGUUUUUCGUUUCGUCUACUAAUUCUAAUCUUACGGUCUGACACCGAUAGCGCAUGGAACAAAGUCCUAGCGUUCAGCGCUUUGCGCUAUCUUGUGAGCUUUGCAACAACGCUCGAAAGUCCUUUCCAUAUGUACGAAGUACAGGCAAUGUCUCUAAAGUAACCAUAGAUAUUUUCAGUUAAUGUGAAGCUUCGUCUGGCAAUCGAAACAAGCCAACCAGGUUUGGGUCUGCAACAGUUUUAGGCGAUGUCGGUCUCCCACGCCGCCCCUCAGUCUCCAAUGCAUAUUUGGUGGAAGAAAGAAGAACAUGUACAUUUUUCUCCCGGUCGUAAAAAAAAACGUCUUUUGAACAACUAAACUUGUUUUCGGCAACAAUCAGAGCAGCAGCGAGGCCUCUAGCCGAAGAGAGCAACCGCACCAGCUACCAUGCAGAUGCCAAUGAAGA